GAACAAACUCCUCCUCCUACUUUGACGCAAUGAAAUGCUCUCAUUUCAGAGGCGUUUCCGUUACUUAAAUAAUCUAAGUUAAAAUCUACAUUUUGAUUAAAAUACGCUGUCGUCACGCAGCAGAGAUGAAGUGUGCGCGCGCUUUCAGACAGAGGAUCAGUACAGCACUGUGAGUGUGACAUACAGGAAGCGCUCCAGUUCAGCUCAAGGACACCUAACCACUGCUGCACUGCAGAUUCAUGGCAAUGGUCUCAGGUAUGGCAGAGUUGCUGCAGUUGCUCCUGAGCGUGGCAGAAAAAGCUGCCAAUGUGGCACGGGUCUGUCGACAGGAAGCAGCACUUUUUGAACUUUUGGUACAGGAAAAGACAGGAGUUGACAAAAACAAGAAAUUUGUCCAGGACUUUAAGACGCUUGCUGAUGUGUUGAUACAGGAAAUGAUUCGCCAUGAUGUUUGUGCCCAGUUUCCAGAGCUGACUGGCUUUAUUCAAGGAGAGGAGUCGAACAAGUUUGAGAAUGGACUUGGGGAGAGCGUAACUGUGACUGUAUGUGCUCAAGAAGAGGACACGACCGCUCUGUUGGCUAAAGUUCUGGACGGUGAUCAACACGCUGCGUCGCUCCUGACCACGGUGAUCCACCAGGACCUUCAGAUUACAGACGAGGCGGCUGAAUCUCUGCAGCUGUCCAUCAGCCCAGCCGAUGUGGGCAUCUGGAUUGAUCCCAUCGAUGGUACAAGUCAGUACAUUGAAGGGAAGGAGGAAGAGGAGCCAGAUGAAGGCUUUUGUCAGUCUGGACUCCCAUGUGCUCUGGUUCUGAUUGGGGUUUACUUACGAUCCACUGGUCAACCAGUCAUGGGUGUCAUAAACCAGCCGUUCAACCACAAAGACUCCACGGGUGAAGGAUGGAAAGGCCAGCAUGUCUGGGGUGUUUCGUAUGGAGAUGUGAACGUUUGCUCUGUCACUCAGCGCAGGCCGUUUUGUCCACGAACGAAAGAUUAUUUGUCUGUGCUGCUGAGCUCCAGCGAGAGGCCGGCUGUGAAGGACGCUCUAGCAGCUAUCUCCAGCGGCUCGCUGAUGUAUGCGUCCGGUGCAGGAUACAAGAUCCUGUGUGUGGUGCAGGGUCUGGUGGAUGUGUAUGUGCUCUCCGAGAGCAGCACGUUCAAGUGGGACUCGUGCGCUCCUCAUGCACUUCUGCGGGCGCUGGGCGGGGGCGUUUCGGACCUGAGCGAGUGCCUGCGUGCCCACCUCAACGGAAACCAGGGACACGCAGCUGAGCUGACCUACCAUCAACCUCACACCGAGAGUCAGGGGGUGGACAGAUGGGCCAACCAUGGAGGAAUAAUCGCAUAUUUGGACUCCAGCAUCAUUGAUAAAGUCGUGGCAGCACUUGCUGGAAAGAUAUGAUAAAAAUAUUAUUAUACUGAAAGGCAAGAGCUUAGUGUAUGUUCAUUGAUGUGAAAGUUUGUAUUGUUAUGCAUAAUCUUUUGUUCUUAAUGAUGCUAUUUUUAUGGUAAGAUUUCAUGGCGUAUUCAAGUAUUAAUUUAAGGCUAUAGCUUUUCUGGAGAAAAUAUUUAUUAUAGUACUUAUCUACAAUGUAUAUAUCAGUAAGUUAAAUUUUUUGGAAGAAGUUGAUUAUAUUUUCAAGACAAAAGGGAAACUGUUUUGUCUUCUUCUCAUGGUAAUGUUGUGUAAAUGUUUCGGAUCAUGUCAUGUUUUGAAGUUUACACAUGGACACUCAGGCCCUUUUUUGGUGUAUGUUGUUUUACUUUUAUGUGUCCCCUUAUAUUUGGGGGAAAUUAGUUUCGUAACAGUCUCUGCUUUUAAACACCACCAGUCAAAAGUUUUUUUUUUUUUCAAAAACAUAAAAAACAAAACA